GAAUACCACAACUUACUAGGUGUGUGUGUUUGUGUGUAAUCAAAAGCAUGGGAAGCAGUCCAGAAGCAUUCGCUGCCACUUGAGAAAACAUUCACCAAAUGCAAAGACCUGGCGACAUGUUUUUUUUAAAAAAAGAUCAUGUGGUGACUGAGUUUCUGAGUCAUUUCCAGGAAGGGAAACUCCCAGUAGCUGAAAACGGAGAAAACGAAACUUACCUGGGACUUUUGCCUGAGGGAGCCAUGGCUGCUGCAGGGGGUCACAUCCAGCGACUCCGUGAUGAAGCCACUUGCUCUAUCUGCCUGGAUUACUUCAAGGAUCCAGUGACCAUCCCAGAGUGUGGGCACAACUUCUGCCGAUCCUGCCUGAUCCAGUGCUGGGGGGAAUCGGAGGCAGAGGCUUCCUGCCCUCAGUGCAGAGAAAGAGUCCAAAGAAGGAGCCUCAUCCCCAACAGGCAACUGGCAAACUUCGUAGAAAUAGCCCAGAAUCUCAGCCUUCAAGAGGGAAAGGAGGAAGGAGGGAAAGGAGGAGUCUGCGAGGAGCACCAGGAGCCCAUGAAGCUCUUUUGCAAGGAGGAUGAAGCCCUCAUCUGCCUGGUGUGUGACAAAUCAAAGGAACAUGAAAAUCACAAGGUGAUUCCUCUGAAGGAGGCUAUCGAGGAAUACAAGGGAGAGAUCUGUAGCCACUUGGAGAUUCUGAGGAGAGAGAGAGAGGAAAUUCUGGCCUAUCAAGCAGCUCUGGACAAGGAAAGCAAAGACCUCCUUAAAUUAACAGAAACGGAGAGGCUGAAGACUGUGGAGAAGUUCAGAGAACUGCGCCAGUUCCUGGAAGAACAAGAAAAACGUCUGCUGACUCACGUGGAAGAGGUGGAGAAGGAGAUAGCAGGGAGAAGGGAUGAGCAGCUGGCCAGACUCUCCAGGAAACUCUCCUCUCUUGAGAGGAUCAUCCAGGAGAUGGAGGAGAAGAGUCAGCAGCCAGCGAGUGAACUCCUGCAGGAUGUGAGAAGGACCUUGCAGAGGUAUGAGGAAAGAGAGAGUCCAGAGAAGCCACUGGCUUUCCCUCCAGAACUGAAGAACAGGAUCUUGGAAUCCUGUGAUCUAAAUCACCUUGUGGAGGAUAGAAUGAAUCUAUGGGAAGAUGCUGUGUUAUUCAGAAAGCAGCUUCAGAAAGAUGUUCAGUCAUUCAGACAUCUUCAGAGAGCAAAUGUCACUCUGGAUCCAGACACAGCCCAUCCUGAACUCAUCCUGUCCAAGGAUCGGAAAAGCCUGAGUAGGGGAGACAAACCUCAAGCCCUGCCCAACAAUCCUCAGAGAUUUAGCCACGAGAUUAAUGUGUUGGGAAGUCAGGGAUUCACAGCAGGCAGACAUUUCUGGGAAAUCACUGUGGAAAGUGGGGAAUUGUGGGGUUUGGGGGUCGCCAGGAAGUCUGUGAGGAGAAAGGGCAGCUUCUCCAUAUUCCCUGAGGAGGGGAUCUGGGCUGUGCGGAAGUUGGGAAGGAAGUACUUUGCCUGCACCUCCCCUUAUUACUCUCUUCUGUCUCCGAGUGAGAAGCCCAGGAGGAUCCGGGUGACUCUGGACUAUGAAGGAGGAUGUGUGUCUUUUUCUGACGCUGACUCAGGAGCCGAACUCUACACGUUCUCAGGAGCCUCGUUCUCUGCAGAGACCCUCCUCCCUUUCUUUUGUCUGAGGGGAAAUAAAACCGACCUCAUUAUCUUCUGAGGGGACUAAAUCUGCCUCUCAGGCCCAGCAGGAGUUUCUCUCCAGACCAGAGUGACUGGCAUAAAAAACAUUUACCCACCAAGAGCACAUUGGGCAGUUUUCCAAGGGCCCUUUGAGAGGAUUCAUUCCAGUCAAUUCAGCAGAAAUAACAAAAAAUAAAAUAAAAUGGGUUGCUCUUGGUUUGCAUUUUCUUUCCUUUUCCCAGAAUUCCCUCUGCAGCUUCUUAGAGAGACAGUCACACUUUUAGGAGUCCUAAUAAAUUUUCUCACCUUCA